AUGAGCACACCAACCUCCUUACCACCAAAACCACUCCAUUUAGCACCUCAACCUCGUAGACCAAAUAAAGCCGCACCUGUACCAAAGAAAAAACAUGUCCAUCAACAACCACCAACCUUAAAAGAUGUUUUUGAUGAUGACAUGACAUUAGUUAUAGAUGACAGACCAUCGAUCAGAAGAAAACCAACUUCCUCAGCUGGUGAUUUACUUUCUCCAAACUCUGGAAAUUCUCCAUGUAAAUCAACAGCUAGUACUCCUAGGUCUGAAAAUGUUUCAUUUAAUUCUUCUUUGGAAAGAGGUAGUGAGUCUAGUUCAUUAAUAUCUCCUCGUGGUAUUUCUCAAACAACAUUAAUAAAUGGAAGGCACUCUUCCCAUGAAGAUCUACCUGAACAUACUAAUGUUGUUCCAUCUAGAGCAGCUCCACGUCCUGUAAAACAUUUAGUUCAACAAACAACAACCGCUAAAUCAUUUUCACCAUCAAUAGGUAUACCUUCAAGUAUUAUAGAUGAACCACCAUAUUCUCCAAAGGAUUCAGGUACUUGUAUGUCUUUUGCACAACCACCACCAUCAAAACUUAAGGUUGGUUCAAACCAACAAACGUGUGCUGCUCCAAUACCACCAUCAAUUUCUAAAACACAAAUAAUUAUGUCAAGUACAAUGGCUGCUUCAUCACCAAAUUCUUGUGCAUCACCAAAAAGUACUGGAUCAGUUAGUAGUCUUUUACAACUCAAUGCCAUUACUCCUCCUUCUGAUUCUUCUCCAUCAGUUAAUGUUGCUUCUCCACCACCAGUUUCACCUCGUUCAAAUGCUUAUAUUGUAACUGCUCCAAUGUCUCCCUCUUCAAAAGGAACAGUUCCUAUUGCAGCACCACCACCAUCAUUUACUAAACCUACUGUUUCAAUUGCAGCACCACCACCUCCUAUGAAUAAGCCAAGUGUUACUGUUGCAGCACCACCACCUCCUAUGAAUAAAGUAAGUAUUGCUCUUGCAGUACCACCACCAUCAAGUAGUUCAACAUCAAUAUCACAAUCUACAUCUUUAAAUACAUCUACUUUGAUUAGUACAUCACCAUCAAAUAAAAUGACUAAUCAAGUUAAAAUAGAAAGCAAUAACGUACAAACAAAUAACAAAAUUGUAACACGAUCAGCUCGAGAUAUUUCUCUAAAUGAUAAUUGUCAUCAUAUUACUCCGAUGGAAAAAUUUAAUACUCAGUUACCACAUAAAUUUAUUAAAAAACCAUUUAAAAUACCAACAAUUAACAUAUUAAUUAAAGGUGAUGAAAAUGAUGAAAAAGUUAUUGAAUUACUUGAUAAAUUAGGUGAAAUUAAUACGAUUCAAGAAACACAACAACAAGAAAUUGAAGAAUUUGGAUUAGAACCAAUAUCUUAUACUGAAUUUGAUACUUUAAUAUGUGUUAAAGGAAACUCAACAGAAUUAUCAAGCACAUGUUGUAUUGGUGAUUCAAUGCUUGUUAGUUAUUAA